AAGCAUUCUAUUGUAUUAACAAAGAGAUUUCUAAUCGUUUAGUCGAUUAUUUAAUCUGUUUUCUUUUCGAUCAUCAGUUCAUAUUUUUAUUCCUUUGUUAUUUCAUGAAUCCAAAUUAAAUUUCUUCUUCUCAGAUUUCCAUUUAGAAGGGGAAAUGGAUUGGUUGUGCUUGGCAAAAGCAGCUGGGAAUGCAGCUAAUGAGACUUGCAAACCCAUCAUCUUGGACAAGUUAACAGAAUGCUAUUCUUACAUUAAAAACUACAAAGAAAAUAAAACACUUCUUGAGACCAAGUAUGACCUGCUAACGAUUGCAAAAAAAGAAAUCGAUAGCAGCGUUGAGCACGAAGUGGAUAACUUGCGAGUUCCUAAAGAAGGAACUAAAAGAUGGCUCGAAGACGUAAGUAAACUAAUGGAAGAAGUUGAUGAGAGAUUGGUGAAGAAGCCCAAGGAUGAUGAGGAGAGAAAAGGCAGAGACAUGAUCACCUGCUUACGUCGUUCUCGUUGCAAUUUGUGUCGACGCUAUGACAUGAGCAAAGAGGAUAAAUCUAAGGCUGACGAAAUUGAUGCUAUAAUCAACAGAAAACCGAACGAUGAUGUCACGGAACCUGUAAGUAGAUCGGAUUUGAAAUCAAUCCCUAAUGAAUUUCUCAAGGGCUUGCGUUCGAGAGUAAAGCUUAUGGAGGAAAUACUCAAAAAGUUACGAGAUGAUCAAGUUAAGGCAGUUGGCAUAUUUGGCAUGGGAGCCAUAGGUAAAACAACGUUGGUAACAGAAAUUUCCAACCAUGAAGAAAUAAAAUCUAUGUUUGAAGAAAUAAUAAUGGUUGAGAUUUCUGAAGCCCCCAACAUGGAACGUAUUCAAGAUCAAAUCGCAGAGAAAAUUGGUCUGAAAUUGGAUGGUAUGCACAGUGUAGACCAAAGAAGAACAAAACUGUAUAACCGUUUGGAGAGAGUGAGUAAGUUACUCAUUAUCUUGGAUAACCUCUGGGCUAAACUUGAUUUGAGUAAAGUAGGGAUUCCAGAACCAAACAAGUUUCAUGUGGAACCAAACAAGUUUUGCAAGAUUUUGGUGACAAGCAGGGAGAAGAAUGUGUGUGAAGCUAUGGCUAUAUCAAAGGAUAAUGUAUUCGAAGUAACGCCAUUGGACUAUGAUGAAUCAAAGCAAAUUUUCAGAGCACGUCUUGGAGCAAAAAUCAAGGACAAUGACUGGGAAGACACACAACGCGUGAAAAUGGAGAAGAGAAUGCUGAAUAGGUGUGGAGGACUACCUCUUGCAAUUGUGGCAUUAGCCGAUGUGCUAAAGAACGAAGAGUCGUUAGAAGCAUGGGAACACUUUACAUCUGAAUUGGAAAAGCCUAUGUCAAAUAGUCUAGCCAAAUUUAGGGGUGUACAUCGUCAAGUCUACUCAAUUUUGGAAACAAGUUACAAGCUUAUGGAAGAUGAGAAGAAAAAGAGGUUCUUCUUGCUUGCUUGUUUGUUUCCUUUUGGUACAAGUAUACCAAUUGAAGAUAUGAUGAGAUAUGGCAUCGGAUUGGAAUUGUUUGAGAAUGUUGACAACCUUAUUAAAGCCAUGGAGCAAGCCAACAGAUAGGUUGAGGAACUCAAAUCAUCAUCUUUGCUGUUAGAAGAAGAAGACAGUAGUUAUAGAGAAACUCACGUGAAAAUUCAUGAUGUGGUCCGGGCAUCUACAACAUCUCUUGCAGAACAAGGUAUGUAUAGGCUUAAGUAUAUUGCAUAUUUUUGGAUGAGCUUUGAUCCUUCAUUUAUUGUUUUUUGAGCUAUGAACCACUAAUUUAAAAGGUUUUCAUUGCAAAAUCAAAAUUGCACUAAACACUUCCUUCGUAUUAUUUAUAAAAAAAUUAUGAGCAUACUAGUUUAGGAACAAUGCCACACACAUCAAGCCCAAAAAAUAUCAUUUUAAAAUUAAUAUUAUUUAACAAAUAUUUUAUUUAUUUAUUUUAAAGUUAGGUACAUAUCAAACAAAAUGAGUCUUGGAUGUUUAAGACUGUUGGUCUAAGUAGAGAUUAACAGUAGACAUUUACUUUUGGUUUUAUCAUCUAAAAGGAAGUGCGAUGAUGUUAGGCUUAACAUAUAAUGAUAUUUAAAAGCUAAUUCGAACCCAUACUCGAGCACAAUUCUCUGGAACAAAACUCAAGUUCAGACCUCAGUCCAAUUCCCUUAAUUUAUUCAACUCGUUCAUGUUUAAUCGAGUUACUAGGAGAAAUUAAACUCAUGACCCAUUGACCCCAAGGUUAUACGAUAAGUCCUUAAUUAAUUAGCUACGAUUUAUCUUGUUUAACUGUAUUCUGUGUGUAGAAAUGGCCUGGUCAUGUGGAGAAUUUUUUUGAGUUUUGUUUAAUAUAUCGUGAGAUAUAAGACAUAUGAAAAGUGUCACAAGUCAAGCUUGAGCGUGAUAUUGCAAUUCAAUAAGCAAGGUUAUAAGCCGAGCUCAAACUAACUACUCCCUCCGUUAAUUUUUAUGUACAACUUUUACUAUUUUGGUCCGCUAAACAUUAUGUGCAACUUUCUAUUUUCUUUCCUCUUUUAGUAAAAAAAAACUAGUCAAAUGUCAAUUUUACCCUCAUUUAAAAAAUUAAAACAUAAUUUACUAACUAUAAUCAGAUUUUAUUAAUCUCUAAUUCUCACCCAAUUUUCACCCCAACCAACCCAAUCUAAUUCAUCAACUCUUCAUCUUCAAUUCAAGAAACCUAAAACCAUCCUCAUUCAUCUUCAUCUUCAUUUUCACCUUCCCCCAUAUUUUCUCUCUCCUCUUUCAUAACCAUCUUCAUUCAUCUUCAUUUUCCCCCAUAUUUGCUCUCUCCUCUGUCAUCCUCAUCUUCCCCCAUUGAUCUUCUUUCUCUCUCUUCAACUUCAACCGGCGAUUUCGUGGGUUUUCGUGAGGGUGGUGGUGGUUUUGUGGGGUUGGUAGUGGUGGUGGUUUCGUGGGGGUGGUACUGGUGGUGGUGAAGCCCGCAUUGAAGGCGGUAGUGGUGUUGGUGAAGGCGGUGAUGGUCGUGGUUUUGGGAUCGAGUUGGGGGUUUAAUUUCUGGUGGGUUGGUUUUCGUGGGUUGUCGUUUUCGGUGGGUUGGUUUUCGUGGUUCCGUUGAUGGGUUUUGGUGGAUGGUCGUGGAUUUGGGUUUUGGUGGGUGGUCGUGGAUUUGAGUUUCGUGGGGUUGUUUGGAGGUGGUGGCCUGGGUUUUAUGUGGGUGGUACGGUGGUGAUUUCGUGGGGGUGGUGGGUUUUCGUGAGAGCGGUGGUGCUUUUUGGGGUUGGUUGUGGUGGUGGUUUCGUGGGGGGUGGUAGUGGUGGUGGUGAAGGCGGCGGUGGUGUUGGCCGGUCUUGGUGGUGGCAGUGGGUGGUUGAUUAAUUAUCCAAACAUUCUAUCUCCACCUUAAUUACAUACCCCUAUAAUAAUUAAUCACCAUUAUCAAGUUUUGCCUCGUAAAUCGUAAAACCCCCCAAAGUUGCACUUAAAAUUAACGAAGGGAGUAGUUAAAUUCUUGUGUGUUAUGCUUGAAUAGAUAUUUUGUUUAUGUGUUUUUUUUUUCCAAAAUCAAAUGAUUUAAUUUUUUCCAUAACAAUUUUUUAAGACUCAAUAAUCAAAGUAGGGCUAACUGUAGACAUUUAUUUUUGGUCCUUUGUCCCAAAAUUAAAGAAAGUACGAUGAUGAGAUCAAGACUGCUGUUUAGACCAAUCAAACCUAAGAACGUUUGUAGACUUCUGAAUGUAUUGAAAGCUAAUUCGAACCCAUACUUGAGUCCAAACAUUGUCAAACUCAUUUAGUCAAACCAAGUAUGCUCACUGAAAUAGGCCCAAAGCUUAGUUAGGCAGACAUUAAGCCUAGAUUAUUGACGGCUUUACACGUAUUUUGGCUAAUUAAGCCUAGAUUAUUGCUGGCGGUUGAAGAUGUCGAGCACAACUCUCAAAGUUGUACUCGACAACCGUGUGCAACUCUCAAAAUUAAAUUGCAUUGGAUGGUGAAGCUGACCACAUAUUUUGGAUCAUUUUAAGAUCGAUUCAAAAUAAAAUUUUCAUUGGCAUAAAAAAACAUUAAAGAAAAAAAAACAAUAGAAUUUUCUCAAUCAAAACUAAAACUCCUGAGAUAAACACAUGCAAACUCUACUUCAUUUAUAACUUCUGUGAUAAUCCAAUCAUACCAUUGAUUAAAAAUCAUUUUGUUUUUGGCAACAUCUACACUGACAACAUCAUUCAUCAAAUUUAUCCAUUUUCAAAAUUACCUCCUCAAAUCAUCCUAAGAGAAAAACUUAUGUUUUGAUAAAAAACACUUAUUAAAAUAUGAAGAAAGUAAACUGACAUAUUACAGCUCUUUUUAGCGGCCUUGACUUUGAAUUGGGAUUCCCAACAUUGGGCCACCAGCUUUGCCUCAGCUACGGGCCUAUUAGAGAUUUAAGGUGCACUUUAUGUAGUCUAGUUCAAAAGUUGGACACUAACUUUUCACUCCCUCUCCUCCUUUGUCUUAUAAGUGCAGUAUAUAUAAAUAACCACUAGGGGUGGGACUUUUCAAACCGAACCGUAAAACCGCCCGUUACCGAACCGAACCAUC